AAUGGUCUGUACUGACUGGCCAGGUUGUUUGGCUCACAAGUGAAGGACCUACCAAACUGUCAGUAUGGCCGGCGAAGAUCCCGUUGAUGUGAUGCCCGAAAUCCGCAAGGCGUGCGAACCCAAGUGCGUCGAAUCGUUCAAGCUGUACCGGGCAUGCGUCGACCGCAUCACUGCCAAGGGCGACGGCGCUUGCGACGGCCAAUACUUUGACUACCUCAAGUGCAUCGACAAGUGCUCCGUGCCCCAACUCUUUAAGCAUUUGAAAUAGAGAUCCUCGUCCUCCUUCGGGGGUUGGAUUAGUACAGGCCAGGCGGCACACGUGUCUAUUCAACCAUUGCCACAACAACGUGUCGGCUGCUGCCAGUAGAGUUCCAGAUGUAAUACGAUCCCCCACAUGAACAUGUACGAACCCCUCUUGCGUUGCAUCAAGUGUAUGGCCAUGGGAA